UAAUGAAAUCCACAGCUGCAAAGGAGGAGGAAGAAGAAGAGGGAGGGUCUGUGAGAGAGAGACCCACACGAAUCGGACUGGCAAAGGGAGGUUUAGAGGUGGUUAGGUAGCUACUUGAUACUAAUCAAAGGGACACCCGUACUAGUAUUGGAAUCAUCAAUUGGGUUUAUGACAAAAAACAAUAAAUCAGAUUCCGGUACUGUACCCUUCGGGAAAUCGUGGAAGCGUAAUUCAACGUGAACGGCGUUGACACCUCGCUGACAUCAUGGCUGAAUUUAGCAUCGAUCAGAACAAACUGCCUGGAGUAAAAGAAGUUGUUCGGGAUUUUGCUGUUCUGGAGGACCACUGCCUGGCCCAUAACCUCCAGGAGCAGGAAAUCGAGAGCCACUUGGCUUCCAACGUCCACAAGAGCCGUCUGGUGCAGCAGGACGUAGCAUUGGCCAAGCAGCUGCAGGAGGAGGAGGACCGGAGGGCCAAGGCCAAGGCCCACAGACAGCACAGAGACAUUGAGCGCAGUGACAAUGAGAUCGCCCAGGAGAUUCAGGAGGAACUGGUCCGACAGGCCAAGCAGCAGCGGAUGCAGGAGGAGAAGGAUGCGGCCAUCGCUCGUAAACUGCAGGAGAAAGAGAGGAAGGAGGAGAGGAAGCGACAGAAGCAGCUGGAGGCCAACUUUGAGGAGGAGUACUACGAGGAUAAUGCCAUCGUCUCUCCCCUCAACCCAGCCAGCCGAGCUUCUCUGGACCUGGAUGACAAACCCAGGUGGCCUGGUUCUAACUCUCUCUCUUUGGAGAGAGAUGCUGUGGAGACUAGAACCAACUCUCUUUCCAGAUACCCUGAGCACCAUUUAGAGGGUAGGGAGGGGAGAAGGGGCAGGCAUGGAGAUGCACACCCUGAGCACCACCGCUCCAGUAGCAGGGGCAAACAUGGAGACAGGUACCCUGACUACCACCACCCCACUGAGGGUAGAAGCAGAGGGAAGGAGGGCCAGAGGAGCAGAGACAACCAGGGGUCCCAGUCAACCUUCUUUGCAGACAACCAUGAACCCAGGAGACAGCGAGAUGAGGAGGGGGAUAGGGUGGUCAGGAGGAAGGAGAGGCCCGCCCGGCCGCCCCCACCAUCCCAUAUCCCUGUGAAGAGAGACGAGGCUUCGAGUAGAGCGAGACACCGGGAGUGGGAGAGAGACGGGGAACGUGACAGACAGAGAGAACCCAGGAGAGAUGAGGAAAUUGAGAGAGACGCACAAAGACAGGAAAGACACGGGGAGCGAUUGAGAGACCAAGAGCAUAGCCGAGACAAAGACGGACACCGAGAGAGAACCAAGAGCAGGGAGCAAGGUCUGGAUGAAGUUCAGGACGAGCCCAUCCCCAGUUGCCGCAGCAGGGCCUGGGACAGUGGUGGGGAGGAGUCCCCUAGCCCUGGGGAUGAUGAAGAGGGGAAAGGGGGGGCCAGGGCCCGCCUGAUGCUCCUCUCUGGCCCCAGUGAGCUGUGUGAGGAGGCGGCAAGGAGGAGCCCCAGGAUGGGGAGAGGGGAGAGGGGACACAGGGACCCUGGGGAGGGCCCCAGCACGGGCAAGGAAUGCUCCCAUACUCACCCCGCUCCCAGGGAGCCAGGUCGUAUCGUGCAAGGAGGACCAGGGGGUCGUGGAGCAGGGAAUUACGGGCUGGGCGAGGUCACCCAGGGCAUCACUAAGCUGGACCUGCGGGAGCAGGAGCUGCUGGACAUGGAGGUGGCCCGGAAACUACAGGAGGAAGAGGUGAAGGCAAGCAAGAUGGAUAAGCGUGCGGCCCAAGUGGCUCAGGAUGAGGAGAUAGCCACGUUGUAUUGGUGUUGCCAGGAGAUAGCUCGGCUGCUGAUGGAGCGUGAGAAGAUGGAGUACAAGAAGUCCAGAGAGAAGGAGAAGCAGGGGAUGAGGCCUGAAGAGAGGAGGAGGCCAGAAGGAGGAGACUACAAGCCAAGCUCAGAGGAGUUAUUUCAUCCCAGACUACGAGAGGAGGAAUACCAGAAGCCCAGGAACCACCAAAAGCCUGCCAGGCCUUCUCAACCUCCUCCCCAUAACUAUGAGAAUGUGGAGUCCAGCUACUCAGGGAGCCACUAUUCUUCCGGGUCUCCAGCGCGACCUGAGGCGUCUUACAAAGGUGUCUAUUACAGACAGUGACCGAGGCUUCCUGAACCAUCCAUCUGAGUUUUUUUUUUUUUUUUUUUUUUCAUUGCUGUAUUUUUAAAGCUCCCAUCACUUUCUAUUGGCCAAGAGCCUUGGAACAAUGUACCUAGUCGUUGGCAGUGGGUUCGGGAAGGGUGUUGGUCAAGAGGGGCAGCUGAAACUCGCACGGUAUCAUUUGUUUUCUAUUUUAAUUGGCGCGACAACAAAGACAACUGAAAGGAGACACCUAGUGAUAUUCUAUCUCCUGCUGGCUCUUAACUGUGGAUGAUGGUGACAUAUCUCCUGCUGGCUCUUAACUGUGGAUGAUGGUGACAUACUAUCUCCUGCUGGCUCUUAACUGUGGAUGAUGGUGACAUACUAUCUCCUGCUGGCUCUUAACAAUGGAUGAUGAUGUGGAUGUGGAAGAUGAAGAUUUAAAAAAAGAGUGAAGUGUUCCUGUUUUGCUGUAUUAGUCGUUUGCUGGUGUUUCUGUCCCUCCGUGGAUCAUGCUCGUCAUGGUGGAUCAGGCCUUUGCUGGAUAUAUAACUGUGCAGUCUCUGUAUCUAUGGCUGUCUAUGGGAUGUGCUUGUCUUUGGAGCCAAAAUGGUGGCCGCGUGGUUCUGUGCACUCCCAGGUUCCAGUUCUCCUGUCCUUGUAUUGUGCUGCACAUCAAGGCUGAACAACAACAUGACCGACCCAGUCCAAAACUCUAUUAUAUCAGGAGAAUGGGUCUUUGUAUUAACAUCUUCCAGUCUGGAAGCGAAUGGUGAUCGUAUGUGGACUGGUUGCUCUCUGCAAGCCUUCUACCUGUGUUCCCAUGUCUUUCUAAGGGGCUGGUGUAUAUAGCUGCUGAGAAUACGGACUUGGAGGUGAAGUGUUAUAGGACACACUGCCAUCAUUGUGUUUUUACGUGCAUACUUACUGAAUGUGUUCUGUUCUCUUUGUGAAACUCUGACACACUCUUUGUUAGUCAACUAGAGCACAAGCCACCGCAAACCCCAAUGAGUUGUUUUGUGGAUUAACAAAACAUGCUAUUUUAAAUAUUAGCCCUAAUAUAUUUGAUUGGAUGUGCCGUCAGUAUUUGAUUUUGUCUUAUCUGCUUACAAACUGGCAUUGGCAAAUGCUUUCAGCGCUAAUAGAAGUGGACCAGUAGGAAUUGAAUGCAUGUACAUUUCAGAUCUGUGCCAAACAUAACAUUGUGCUUGUUUUGUCAGAGCUGUAUUCACUAGGAACGGGACGAAACGGGGAGGGACCAACCUGAAUUUGUCCAAUAGAAACUCUUGUUUUUGUUGCAAAACAUUUUCCAUUGCGGUAUGUUUUGCUACAGUGUACAAAAAGGAAUAUUCCCCAGGAUGUGUUUUUCCUAACCGACAGUGUCCAUUGAUUGAAUGGUUGACUCGUUGGUCGCCUGAUAAAGUGCAAGUCACGUCUGAAUGACUGUUUCUGCAUUUUAUUUACUUUUAUAUCAUUUUAUUUAAUCUUAUUUGGUAUCACUCUUAAAGGGCCUUGUUUCCUGUACAUUCCAUUCCUCAUGAAAUGCCUUCACUCCCUCUGUCUCACACACACACCUCUCUAAGAGGGUUAUCACUUCCUGUGCGUGUAACAUGAGUAAACAUUCCCAGGGUUAACAAAGUGGAGGGAAGUAUCAGUCAUCCACUGAAUCAACAGAGCAAGUGAGAACAUGAUGUAAUUCCACUCAAUGGGACCUUUAGACUCAGACAGCUGGGUGAUGGGGGUCAACUUCUCCCGCCAGCUGGGCGAUGGGGGUCAACUUCUCCCGCCAGCUGGGUGAUGGGGGUCAACUUCUCCCGCCAGCUGGGUGAUGGGGGUCAACUUCUCCCGCCAGCUGGGUGAUGGGGGUCAACUUCUCCCUCCAGCUGGGCGAUGGGGGUCAACUUCUCCCGCCAGCUGGGUGAUGGGGGUCAACUUCUCCCGCCAGCUGGGCGAUGGGGGUCAACUUCUCCCGCCAGCUGGGCGAUGGGGGUCAACUUCUCCCGCCAGCUGGGCGAUGGGGGUCAACUUCUCCCGCCAGCUGGGUGAUGGGGGUCAACUUCUCCCGCCAGCUGGGUGAUGGGGGGUCAACUUCUCCCGCCAGCUGGGUGAUGGGGGUCAACUUCUCCCGCCAGCUGGGUGAUGGGGGUCAACUUCUCCCUCCAGCUGGGUGAUGGGGGUCAACUUCUCCCGCCAGCUGGGUGAUGGGGGUCAACUUCUCCCUCCAGCUGGGCGAUGGGGGUCAACUUCUCCCGCCAGCUGGGCGAUGGGGGUCAACUUCUCCCGCCAGCUGGGCGAUGGGGGUCGACUUCUCCCUCCAGCUGGGCGAUGGGGGUCGACUUCUCCCUCCAGCUGGGCGAUGGGGGUCUACUUCUCCCGCCAGCUGGGCGAUGGGGGUCGACUUCUCCCGCCAGCUGGGCGAUGGGGGUCGACUUCUCCCGCCAGCUGGGCGAUGGGGGUCGACUUCUCCCUCCAGCUGGGCGAUGGGGUUCGACUUCUCCCUCCAGCUGGGCGAUGGGGGUCGACUUCUCCCGCCAGCUGGGCGAUGGGGGUCGACUUCUCCCUCCAGCUGGGCGAUGGGGGUCGACUUCUCCCUCCAGCUGGGCGAUGGGGGUCGACUUCUCCCUCCAGCUGGGCGAUGGGGGUCGACUUCUCCCUCCAGCUGGGCGAUGGGGGUCGACUGCUCCCUCCAGCUGGGCGAUGGGGUUCGACUUCUCCCUCCAGCUGGGCGAUGGGGGUCGACUGCUCCCUCCAGCUGGGCGAUGGGGGUCGACUGCUCCCUCCAGCUGGGCGAUGGGGGUCGACUGCUCCCUCCAGCUGGGCGAUGGGGGUCGACUGCUCCCUCCAGCUGGGCGAUGGGGGUCGACUGCUCCCUCCAGCUGGGCGAUGGGGGUCGACUGCUCCAUGGCCAGUUUCGUCUUUGUUGUUUUCCGUAUUGAAUGAGGGUGGUAAUCGUGGCGAUAGAUUAAACACUUUUUGAUUACCAGACUUCAUACUUUAAUAGGAUCCACGCUAUAUCAAAGGGAUGACAGGAGACUAUAUAGGGACUGUUUGAGAGAAUACAUCCCAAAAUUGCACCAUAUUCCCUAAUAUAUAUAUAUAUAUAUAUUAGUGCACUACUUUUGAGCAAGGCCAAUCGUGCUUUGGUUAAAAGUAGGAAUUAGGGUGCCAUUUGGGACGGAGACAUACUGUACUGCCAAUGGUCAUGGUACCACCAUGUUCAUAUCAUGUAUUAUAGCCUAAUUAUUGUGUAUUACAUAUAAAGAGUAAUCCCACACAGUUUCCAGUUUGAUCUAAUGAAAUGUUAUGAUUCCGUGGUAUUUACAUGUUUCCAUUGAGUGAUGUUCAUCAUCGUCUAUGAUGGUGUUUUUUGUUGUUGAUAUGCUUUGUCCAAGUUGGUAGCGUCUGCCUCAAUACUUUUCUUUUGAGACUUCUUCUGUGCGUAUCAAAGACAUUCUAGAUGUGUGAAAUGUUCUGACUUGUUGGAUGGAUGGGAUUUGUGCCAUAGGGAUGGUUUUUGUUUUUUUCAGGGACUUGUAGAUAACGGGGAAUCUCAGCUCCUUCUAGGGUAAUGACGGUGAGGAGUAUUGGUGUAGAACCGCCCAGAACUGAGAUCUGUCUUUUUGUGGGAUAAUAGCACCAUCUCGUGGACAUAUUGAAUAUCAAAUGAAAAAUGUACAUUAUCUGAUCACACAGUGAGUGCAUAUUGGCGAUUGCUGUGUAAUGAUUGUCCUAUAUGCUUUGACUGCAAUCUGAACCGAAAUCAAGUGUAAUAUUUUUGUUUUGCCAUCCAGAGCCUGAAUGCAAUCUACAAAUGAAAUCAUAAAAGUGACUGUUGACACUUACUGUGACUGUUUUGUAUCAUGAACUGAAUAAACAGUUGACAUUGA